AUUCGAUUAAAUUCGAUCCUAGAACCCCUGAAAAUUGUUUUAUGUGUGCUGUGGUGUUGACAUUUAAGUUGGAUGAAGAAUAAAGUAUCCAUUGGGGGAGGCGGAUGAGAUGAGCCGCACACCCGCUUGUUGCUGGCAAAAACUUUUCAUUAUAUUUAUGAUACAGCUUGACUUUUGUUUUGUUUGUUUAACUUCUUGUCAACCUACAUAAUCUGGGCCUCUCUGCGGCUCUGUUAGGAUACUCUCUCUUUCGCUGUUAGCGAGUGCGCAGGUCGCCGGAGUUGAGAGUUGAGUUGGCAAUUGAAUUUCACAGUAAUUUCCUGGCCACGACUGGCAUACGCUUCAGAUAAUCGCUCGUCGGCCAGCGAGUCGGACGUGUUUUAGCCGCAACAGUGGGAAAAAUAAUAACAAAUCGGGGGAGUGCCAUUCGCCCCAUUCGUACCUCGUUUGUCCAUUCAUAAAGCCGUGUCCUUUUACGCGAAAGCCACAACAAACUCGCAUCCUGGAGGACAACGACAUCUCUCCUCGUGUGUGAGUGCCAGUGCUCUUGUGUGUUCUGGUGUUCUUGUGCCGACAGGAAAUACUCGACCCAUAAUAAUUGCAAAGGACAACCAAUUUGGUUGAUGUCCAUUCAGCUUGGCGCGGCUAAUGCAUUUGGCUCCGGCAUAAAGUUUCUGCCACCACCAUUUACCAUUUACAUACACAUGCAAAUGUCGGCUUGUUAACGACAAAGUUGAAUGAUUGAAAAUGCAAAUUGCAGCCGCAACCUGCAACUUGCAACCGAUUUGCUGCUAAGCAAAAACAACAACGACGGUGCAUCAACGCCGCAAAUUAAACCACCGGCGGUGGUGCCGACGACAACCAGUUAAAGUGGCGGAAAUGACACAGUCAAAAUGUAUCGCUGCAAAAAUUGGUUUUGUGCGCGCAGCAACAACAACAACUACGUCGAUGUGGCACUGAGCGAGGCGCCACCCAGCCAUCAUACAACAACAACAACAACACCGAAUAGCCGCAACAACAGCGCCAGCAACAAUAACAACGUGCGGAGCAACAGCAGCAAAAGCAAUCAGCAGACAAGCAGCGCCACCACAGCGAGUGGCUAUAGAGGGGGUACAGGUGGUGCCAGCACCACCACCCAAAGCCACCACCACCCGAACGCCACCCACUUCGCAACCGAUGAGCCGUCACCGCCACAGGCCCACGUGGUCACCUUUCUGGACGAAACCACUGCGAGCGGCAGCAACGGGGCCGUGACGAGCAGCCGGCUGGUCACCACCGCCGAACUGCACCAGGCCCACAUGCUGGAGCACCACUCGAACCUGGACGCCAUCGAGCAGGCGGACGACUUCAUCUACGGCCCCGGCGCGGGACUCUCGCUCUGCGACGACAGCCUGCCGUCGGCCAAAAACUGCUAUCGACUCGUCAUGCUCGGCUCAUCACGCGCCGGCAAGUCGUCGAUUGUGGCACGUUUCCUGGGCAAUCGGUUCGAGGAGGCCUACACGCCGACCAUCGAGGAGUUCCAUCGCAAAUUGUAUCGCAUACGGAAUGAGGUCUUUCAAUUGGAUAUUUUGGAUACUUCUGGCUAUCAUCCGUUUCCCGCAAUGCGUCGUUUAUCAUUUCUAACUGGGGAUCUCUUCAUCCUCGUCUUCAGCAUGGAUUCCCGUGAGUCCUUCGAGGAGGUCGUACGCCUGCGGGAGAAUAUCCUGGAGACCAAGUGGGCAGCCCUGAAUCCCGGCUCCGGCUUCAAGAAGAAGAGUCUUCCGAAGAUACCCAUGAUAUUGGCGGGCAAUAAAUGUGAUCGAGACUUUAAAACUGUGCAGGUGGACGAGGUAAUGGGCUAUAUCGCUGGUCAGGACAACUGCUGCACCUUUGUGGAGUGCUCGGCUCGUCAGAACUACAAAAUCGACGACCUCUUUCACUCGCUGUUCACGGUCUCCAAUCUGCCGCUGGAGAUGACCCCGAACCACCAUCGUCGGUUGGUCUCUGUUUUCGGGGCGCCCUCGCCCCUCCCACCCCACGGAUCAGCGGUGGGCGGGACCAAGAAGAAUGCACUCUCCAUCAAGCGAAGAUUUAGCGAUGCCUGCGGGGUGGUGACCCCCAAUGCCCGACGACCCAGCAUCCGCACCGAUCUCAAUCUGAUGAGAUCCAAGACUAUGGCUCUGAACGAGGGCGAGGGGGUGAGGAAUCCCUCGCGUUGGAACCGCUGCGCCCUGAUGUAGAAAUUGAGAGGGCAGUGUGAUAGUAGUGAAGGGCGGAUCCUUUGCGAUCCUCCUAUAUCUGGGCAAUCCCGGCGGUCGGAGCAGCAACUAAUUAUAAACGCAGCGUUUGGGUGAUUUCGAUAUUAUAGUGUAAAUACUCGUUUAGUCAGGCCGCGGCCAGUGUGUUGAGAAUAUUAAUUAAUUAUGCAUUUAGCACUUUCUCGCCAUCUAUGGACAAAGGCAAUUAAAAAAAAAAAAGAAAAACCGCGCAAAUGUACUCGUUUCGCAAUACGCAUAAUUAAAAUCUGAAGCGAUACUUGGCUUUGCAUACCGAACAGAAGGACCCACUCACCUCUGCCUGCCCAAUGUCCAAUCUGAAUAAUAAUCCUACGCACUCGAUGCUCAGUUUUUCCUCUUCUUCUCUUCUCCUAAUUUUUGUACUCAAUUUCCCAUUUUAAUUGCAUUUGUAAUUUGUAAUACUUAUCGUUGUAACUGCACAUUUACUUGACGCACACACACUGAAACCAAAACGCAGAGGACAAUAAUGUUAAAACGUAUUCGGAAUUGCGGGAUUUGUAAUUGUUAUUCAAAUUUAAUUUAUAGAUUUAACCAAUUGAAUUUACAUGAAUUUACAUUGAGCUAAUUUAAUGUUAUCGUUGAUUGUUGAAGAUACCAAUUUGAAUAUUUGACCAUUAGUAAGUCGUUCUGUUUAGGCACACACUCGACACAAACCACAAUCCACAAAACCUUUCGAAAGAUUGCAUAUCAGCCAAAACUGGAACCGAAACACACCGAAUCAAAACAAUUGAAGGGAAUCUUGACCAACUAACAUACCAACUAACUCUACUGUAACACUUGUACACCGAUCUACGCGAAUCUAAGCCCAACUAUGGUUAACUAUAUUGCGAAAUGGAAAACCUAUAAGAUACACACUUCUAGCGUUAAACCGAAUUUAUCUGAUCUGUUCUCGAUUCGAUUUCGGCUUCCGUAGGGCGGAUCUCCGAUCGAGAGCAGCUCCGUAAGUUUAGCAAAUUCGAGUUUCAAUCUAACCUAAGCAACAGCAACAAUUUUUGCGAGUUUAACAUUUAUCAAGUAUUAUCGAUAGUGGAAUUACAGAACGUAUGCGUUUCAGCGCGGCAUGAAACCAAGACCAAAUGAUUAUUCUAGCUAUACUUACCAGUGACUUGAACGCUAACCUAAAUAUAUAUUAACUUACAAGUUAUUGAGAAUUCAUGCAUAUUUUAGGCAAUUAUCGUUAAUGUAAAAAUAUAAAAAAAAAAAACAAAGUGCAGAUAUUUACAAAUUUCGCGUUGGGCCAAAGUGCACGAAUAUAAAUAUAAAUUUAAAUAGGUGUAAUGCCUGGGAUUCGGGUGAUUAUACGACGGAAGUUAAAAUGAUUUACGAUUAACCAUGAAAGCUAACUUUUUAAUGCUUUGGAUUUGCAUUGUUUAUUUACAUUAUACGUAUAUUGCAAAUGAUUGAAUUACGAUUAAA